UUCACUAAAUAUUGAAUGUCAUCCGUUAUUUGCAGCAACUAUUGCAGUGCAGUUAUUGUUGAUUUUCACCGGAGGUGUUCUAGUUGUUCCUUUGAACUUUGCGUUACUUGUUGCAAAGAAUUAAGGAAUGGCAACUUGCAAGCAGAUGUAUCUGAAGUGAUGAUGCAAUAUAUUGACAAUGGACCGGAUUAUUUGCAUGGUAAAGGCUGUAGCGUAACUUCAGUCAAGAAUGGAACUUGUGCUGGAACGACUAAGGUGGCGAUGACAUCUAAAUGGAAACCCGUGGAAAAUGGUGCCAUUCCUUGCCCACCAAAAGAUAUGGGAGGCUGUUGUAACGGAACAUUAAAUUUGAGAUGUAUAUUUUCUGAGAAUUGGAUAUCGCAGCUGUUACUCAAAGCUAAAGAAAUAUCUCAAAAAUGUAAAGUGAAGGAGAUGUAUAAUGAUUCAGAAUUGCACUACUCCUGUUCAAAAUCUAAGGGUGAAAAUGGUACUUCUGGUAGCAAGCUACGUAAGGCAGCUGCUCGGGAAAGUUCAGAUGAUAACUAUGUAUUCUGUCCAGCAGCUGUGGAUACUCGGCGUGCAAAUUUGAGGCAUUUUCGUGUAUAUUUAGCUAAGGGUGAACCAGUUGUUGUAACUAAUGUCCAUGAUAAUGCGUUGGGAUUGAGUUGGGAACCUAUGGUAAUAUGCCGUGUUUGUCGACAAACCAAGAAGGCUACUGAUGUUUUAAAUUGCUUAAAUUGGUGUAAGGUUUGUGUAAACAUGCUUUGUAAAAUCAGAAACAAUUGAUGUUAUAUUUUCCAUGUUCUUACCUUACGUUUACUUUAUCCCGGAUAUCGUGCAGUUGGAGAAGAACAUACACCAGUUUUUUUUAGGAUACACAGAGGGUCGUUUUGACAGUUACGGGUGGCCUCAACUCUUAAAGUUGAAUGACUGGCCGCCAUCAGGUCUAUUUGAUGAGCAGCUGCCGCGUCAUGGUGCUGAAUUUUCAAGUUGUUUACCUUUUAUGGAAUAUACACAUCCUCAAUAUGGCUAUCUCAAUCUUGCUCUAAGACUUCCUGAUAACUGCGGGAAGCCAGAUUUAGGGCCUAAGGCAUACAUUGCUUAUGGUUUUCCUGAGGAGCUUGGACGCGGAGACUCAGUCACCAAACUACACUAUGUUAUGACUGAUACGGUAUGUUGGGAUUCUUCAAAAUGUAGUGUAACAAGUUGCUGGUACUGUAGAGAUCUAAAUACUCGGAAAUAUUAGUAUGCACUCUAACAUUCUGUAUAUUUUAGG